UCCAGCGCGUAUUUCAAAACAGUCAACAGCUGACCUACCAACAUAUUCAUUUAUAUAGACAUCUUCAUAUAUGUAAAUAUCUCCUGGCUAGCAGCACUAUGGAGUCUAAACCAGCACUUCAGAAUAGAGUAGAGGUUGCUGUUCGAGUGCGACCCCAAUUUAUUGAAGCAGAUUCUUGCUGCAUCACUUGUGAGAAAGACAGCUUGGAAAUCGUGAAUCAUAGAGACUAUACUCAGAAUAUCAAAUACAAGUUUACUACAGUGUUUGAUGCUGACAGUACCCAAGAUGAUGUUUAUAAAACCUUCGUGGCACCUAAAUUAGAUAAAGUCUUCAAUGGAGAAAAUAUGUCAGUUUUGGCAUAUGGAGCUACAGGAACAGGAAAAACCUAUACAAUGAUCGGAACCAGUGAUAAUCCAGGAAUUGUACCACAAGCAUUAAGGGAUUUAUUCCAGACCGUUGAAACUGCUACAAAUGAAAUGCAUACUUAUAAAAUGAAAUUGUCAUUUUUAGAGAUUUAUAAUGAAAAGUUGAUAGACUUGUUGCUUGUACGUAAAUCUGAUCUGCAAAUCUGGGAAGAUACCAACAAGAACAUCAUAGUUCAUGGCCUUACUGUGAAAGACAUAGCUUCCUAUGAGGAAUUUGAAUCCAUAUUCCUGCCUGCCAUGUCACAAAGAACCACUGUUUCCAGCAACUUGAAUAGCCAUUCCAGUCGCAGUCAUACCAUUUUGAUGGUAAUUAUUGAGAAAACCCAAGUGUGUUCACCAUUUAGGACCAGUGUUAGUAAAAUACAGUUUGUUGAUUUGGCUGGCUCUGAGAAUAACAAAUUAUCUGGAAAUAAAGGCUUGAGGAUGCGAGAAAGCUCAUGCAUCAACAAAUCUUUAUUUGUCCUCCAUGAAGUUGUCGAUGCCAUUCGAAGACGUCAGAAAAGGAUACCCUAUCGAGACAGUAAACUUACAAGACUUUUACAGGACUCCUUUGGUGGUAGAAGUUCCGCACUGUUGCUUGCAACUAUUGCACCUGAAGAGAGAUGCUACUACAACACCUACUGUACGCUGAACUUUGCUACAAAGAGUAAGAAAAUUGUCAACAAUCCAGCUCUUUGUCAAGAGGACCAAGCAUGUGAUCCUGAUUUGAAUGUUGACAAUCUUCAACUGGACGUUGCAAAGGAACCAGUAUCUUCGGAAAUCUCAGUUGGAAACGCAUCUGGAAAUACAUCUGGAUCUUCAGUUGCAUCUCCAACUUCUGUAGAUUUUGACUUAGCCAGAGAACUUCUGAAAGAUAUUCAAGAAAGAACUCGAAUGCUGAAGACAACCAUGGAAAAAGAAAACCAUUCUGAGAAAGACAAAGAAACGACUGAAGGGAAAUGCAUUUCUAACACUGGUAACCUUAUUGACGAUAUUUCAAAAACUGAAAAUUCUCAAAGCUUGCGUUUGUGUCGAAGAUCUUCAAGUUUAAGAGUAACGUUUGACAUGGAGAAACAAUCCCACAGUGAAAACCAAAUGUCAAAUAAGACUAGGAAUGCUGGAAUCCUGAAAAAUAUUGUGAAUUCUACACCUGUGCGGCCAAUUCCAACUCGUAAAUGUCAUUCAGAAAUAAGGAAACGUAGAUACAGUGAAAUGGACACUGUGGUCAGUGACUCAUCUAAGGAUGAUGAAAUAUUGAUCAAACACCGACAUAAAACACACAAAAACCAUAUUUUAUGUUUGCUAAACUCCCAAAACAAAGCAGAUAUUCUUCUCCUUCAUACUGUUGGCACUCGAAGAGCUGAUCUGAUAUAUGACUGGCAGCAGGAACAUGGUCCUUUUGAAAAGGUUGAAGAUCUGAAUCAAAUUCUGGAUUUGGGAGAAAAGUAUGUCUCAACAUUUAUGCAUAGAAACUUUUUGCACUUUGAUGAAGAAAAUAUGGACCCUGUCAGUAUAAACCUUCUGGUUGUUAAAAUACAAUACCAACCAAAUAUCAAGUAUUGAUAUAGCUGAACAUACAAAACUAAAGUUUGGUGUCUUGUAUUUAUUAUAUUUACUUGACUGAGUUGUACCCCUAAUUUAGUGUUAACUUCAUACAAAGUUUUAAUUUUGUUCUGUAUAAAUUGAACCCCAGUUCUUAGAGUUAACAAUCAAGCAUAAAACAUUGCAACCAGGAGUAGAUACAGUAAGAUGUCCAGUUGUUUUCAGUUUUUUUUUAUUUUUAAAAAAUAUUUUUUAAAUCUGAGAAUAAUUUAAUGAAUAAAGAAUCCGUUUUAAGGUUUAGAUAUAGCAAUAUUUAGCAAUCUAUGGAUGGUUAAUCUGAUAACGCUUGAAUAAUCUAAUGCUGUUUGGAUGAAGAAUCUUCGUUUGAACAGUCGGACAUUUUAACAAUGAUUUAUCGAGCAAAUUCAGCCAGGACUAUUUCAAGUUUAUUUUAUUAAAAUCUUUGUUCAAAAUUGUCAA